GUAAAGUUGAAGUUCCAGCAGGCUGUUGACAUCUGUAACCAAUGGGAGAAAUCCUGCAACCUCAUGACACAACAGAUUUGGCAUCGCUACCUUGUGCAUCAGUGGACUGGAUCUGGACCGAAUUUGGCAUAUCUGUCACAGUUCAAAACUCGUCUGAUUGAGGUCAGUGGAAACGUUUUCUGA